AUGCCAAGCUUCUACAAGAAAACUCCCGAAUUGGAAGCUGAGGUGGAUCUCGUUUACCGGACGCCUUUGCCUGCACCAUAUUCGGAUGAAGAAAUUCGGCAUCUUCUGGAUAAAAUCACAUCAAGCACACGUGUUGACCCAUUGACACUUCAAGUCACAAGGAAAAGGGUGAUUUUUCGAAAAUCUACAGACAAGAAGCCCACUGCUACAUUUAACCGAAAAAAUCUAGUUAAUUUUAAUCAAAUGUCCGAGUCAGACUGCAUUAUUAUGGCACGUAAGCUUAAAAGAAGGAAGCAAGAACUUCUGCUUAUUCGCUUUAUCGAGCCUAAUGGACUGGAAAGAUUCCGAAACAUUUUCAAUUGCUAUGCAACCAACCGAAUGCCAAGAGAGCCUUCACUGCCACCUCAACAAUCUAUGCAGGAGGUCUCUGCCAUUCAGUGUCAGGCGACAGGCGAGCUAGAAUUGCAAACACCGAUGAUGAGCUCGAGUGGACCGACGACUUCGGUCUAUGUGAAAAAGCAGGUUGUACCCAAGGCUAUGCGCGAGACGAUGCAAAACCGUUCACAGUCGGAGCCUCGUGUCACAAAAAGCCAAGGGAAGCAGGGCUUCAGCAGUCCUGAGUUAUACGUUGUAAAACGCGUCAAAUGCUCCAAGGACGGUGGAAGAAGGGAGGAGUAUAGCAGAGUAACUAUCUACGAUAUUACUUCAAAAGCGUCUAGUGACAUUUCGGAUUGCUCGUCCGUGUCUCUCACCUAUUCUCCACCUCCAUCUUCUGCAGCUUCGUAA